GCGCGCAGGACAACAUGGCUGCGCCCGCGCGGAGGCGCGCUCGGGACCGCCGAGCGGGGCUCAAGCUGAUGCUGGUGCUGCCGCUGCUCUGGGCGCCGGGCGCCGCGGCGGGCGACGGGGAGGCCGGGCCGGGCUCGUGCGGCUGCGGCUCCCCGCGGCGGCCCGGAGCGCAGGGCGCCUCGGCAGCCGCGCACCGCUACUCGCGCGAGGCCAACGCGGCGGGCCCGGCCAAGAUGGUCCCCAUCCCUGCCGGCGUCUUUACCAUGGGCACAGACGACCCCCAGACCAAGCUGGAUGGGGAGGCGCCGGCCCGCAGGGUGGCCGUGGACGCCUUCUACCUCGACGCCUAUGAAGUCAGCAACGCGGAAUUCGAGAAGUUCGUGAAUGCCACGGGCUACCUGACAGAGGCCGAAAGGUUCGGGGACUCGUUCGUGUUUGAAGGGCUGCUGAGCGAGCGCGUGAAGGCUGGCAUCCAGCAGGCGGUGGCGGAGGCUCCCUGGUGGUUACCUGUGAAAGGAGCCAGCUGGCGGCACCCUGAAGGGCCCAACUCCACUCUGCUGCACAGGCUGGACCACCCAGUCCUCCACGUCUCCUGGAACGAUGCUGUGGCCUUCUGUACCUGGGCGGGCAAGCGGCUGCCCACGGAGGCCGAGUGGGAGUACGGCUGCCGAGGCGGCCUGGAGGGCAGGCUGUUCCCGUGGGGCAACAAGCUGCAGCCCAGGGGCCAGCACUAUGCCAACCUCUGGCAGGGCACCUUCCCCGUGACCAACAGCGGCGAGGACGGCUUCCAAGGGACAGCGCCCGUGGACGCCUUCCCGCCCAACCACUUUGGCCUGUACAACAUGGUGGGCAACGCCUGGGAGUGGACGGCGGACUGGUGGAGCGUGCAGCACUCGGCGGCCGCCACGCAGAACCCGAAAGGCCCCUCGUUUGGGGAGGACCGUGUGAAGAAGGGCGGCUCCUACAUGUGCCACAAGGCCUACUGCUACAGGUACCGCUGUGCGGCGCGGAGUCAGAACACGCCUGACAGCUCGGCCUCCAACCUGGGCUUCCGCUGUGCGGCUGACCGUCUGCCCACCGCGGGCUGAGCCCGAGCCGCCCCGGUCAGCACAAGCGUCCACGAGCGGCGUCUCCGGAGACCGUGGCCAAGAUCUCGCGUCUUUCUUCUACGGAGGGAGCGGCGUCAGGCUCCUGACUGCCCAUGACCUCGCCGGUGGCCCGGGAGGGCCCUCAGCCCCUCCGCCCGCCCGCCCGCGGCCCCUCUGGCCCCCAUCGAGGGGUGGAACAGAACAGAUUCUAUUGUGAUUUUCUAGUGAGAAUUUAUGAGAGAUUAUUUUUGAGCUGUCUUCCCCAUGUGUGCUAGAAAUCAUGGAAUGUCUGGGUCUCAUUUUCAGGGAGGGCCGGGGGGGACAUUCUGUCCAUACUGCACUUUGUUUUUCCAAGGAAACCAGUGUCUUUGUUGUCACGGCGAGCCUGUGUCCUGCGGCAGCCACGCCGGCCGGGUGACCGCAGGGGCGGCUCAGCUUUAGCUUCAGCAUUAAGUGCCUUGGACCAGGGGGCCGGACUCAGCCCCCGUUCCCAAAGCCUUCCUGGAAGGAAUCGUGAUGAAACGGCUUUAAUUCUUG